AAUGUCACAGUGAAUGUAGUGAAAACAGAAAAACAACGAUGGUUUUGUUACCGAAGCCCCCAGCUCCGAAGGAGUCGAACGACGAAAUCAAACGGAAUAUAUUUUUUGAAAAUGAUGCAAUGGAACAAAUGGCCAAACACUUUGUUGGCAAUAAUUACAGAUACAGAGAAAAUAUUGUGAUACCAAAUAAUUUGGGACCGCCAAAAAUCAAAACAAAUGAAGAGAAAAUGAUUGAGUCGGCAGUAGAAAGCUGCUUCUUCAAAUCGUUCAUGGCCUGUGUUCUUGGAUACGGUUUGGGAGCUGCAAUUGGUUUGUUUAGUUCAUCGGUGAAUCCAAAUGUGUCCGUGCCAGGUGUUGAAAAACAGCAAACUGCUCGUGAGGUUUUCAGAGAAAUGCGAUCAACUACACAUAGUUAUGCCAAAAAUUUUGCUUUGAUUGGCAUGGUGUUUUCAGCUGUAGAAUGUACAAUUGAAACGAGCCGAGGCAAAUCGGAUUGGCGAAAUGGAACAUAUGCCGGUGGUGUGACAGGUGGACUUAUUGGAUUGAGAGCAGGAGUUAAGGCUGGUAUCCUUGGGGCAGCUGGAUUUGCGGCAUUCUCUACAGCCAUUGACUACUAUAUGCGACAUCGAUAAAUCGAUUGAUUUUGUCGUUUUGCUUUGUCUUCAAAAUUUUUGUUAUUUUAACUUAUGUUUGAUUUAAUAUAAAAGAAAUAGAAUUAAAAACUAGCAACAAACUA